UCUCCCCCGAUUUGUGUGUAUGUACUGUAUGUAUGAUGUAUGAAUGAUGUGUGUGUAUGAAUGAUAGAUGUGUGUAAACAAGAUGUAUGUAUGAUAUGUGGAGAUGUAUUCUGUGGGGGGGGGGAGAAUCUGGAGGCGGCGGGUGUAUGUAUGAUAUGUGUGUGUAUGAUGUGUGUAUGUAUGUAUUAUGUAUGUGUGUAUGUACUGUAUGUAUGAAUGAUCUGUGUGUAUGCACUGUAUGUGGCAGUAUUAUAUUCAGGGGGUACAGUAGGUGGAAGUAUUAUAUUCAGGGGGUACAGUAGGUGGCAGUAUUAUAUGCAGGAGAUACCAUGUGUGGAAGUAUUAUAUUCAAGGGUACAGUAGGUGGCAAUAUAAUAUUCAGGGGGUACAGUAGGUGGCAGUAUUAUAAUCAGGGAUACAGUGUGUGGCAGUAUUAUAUGCAGGGGAUACAGUGUGUGGAAGUAUUAUAUUCAGGGCUACAGUAGGUGGCAAUAUUAUAUUCAGGGGGUACAGUGUGUGGCAGUAUUAUAUUCAGGCGUACAGUAGGUGGCAGUAUUAUAUUUAGGGGAUACAGUGUGUGGCAGUAUUAUAUUUAGAGGGUACAGUGUGUGCAAGUAUUAUAUUUAUGGGUACAGUGUGUGGCAGUAUUAUAUUCAGAGGGGACAGUGGGUGGCAGUAUUAUAUUCAGGGGGUACAGUAGGUGGCAGUAUUAUAUGCAGGAUGUACAGUGGAUGGCAGUUUUAUAUUCAGGGGAUGCAGUAUUUGGCAGUAUUAUAUUCAGGGGGUACAGUAUUUAGAAGAAUUAUAAUGAUUAUUGUCUUCAUACAGAGGGUGAGAAUCUACUGACAAAGUGAGGAACCUAUGAUGUCCGGGUGUCAGACUCUGCAGAGAAGAUGGAGCUGGAAGAAGUCCUGACGUCAGGACCAGAUGAAGAAGAAAAGAAAAGACAACAGAGAAGACGUCACUCAGGUCACUGAUAUCAUUGUGUAUUCUCCUGACUGUCCCAUCACAGCUGUAAUCAUUUGUAAGUUCUGCAGUGAUGAUGGGUGAUGCUGUACCCUAAUCUGUGGCUCUCCAGCUGUUGCAAAACUAAAACUCUCAUAAUGCCUGAGGUUUUCCAGACAUGAUGGGAGUUAUAUCUUUAUAACAGCUGGAGAGCAACUGGAACCAAGGUGAUUGGUAGGGGUCCCAGUAGUUGGACCCCCUCCAGAAAAAUGGGCUGCUUAUUGUUCAAUGUCUGUUUUGUCUGUCUGGCCCUGCCUGUUAGUCACUUAUAUCGUUGUGUAUUCUCCUGACUAUGUCCCAUCAGUACUGUAGUCACUGAUAUCUUUAUGCGGCUGAGUAAGGGGCCGUCCGGGAUUGGGGAAGCGGGUCGUCAGGUGGUAGGGGGCCCAAGGCAAUUUUUUGGGGUUUCUAGCUACGCCCCUGGGUGGGAUAUGAGGAUGGGAUAUGAGGUCUGGAUAUGAGGAUGAGAUAUGAGGUCUGGAUAUGAGGAUGAGAUAUGAGGUCGGGAUAUGAGGACAGGAUAUGAGGUGGGAUAUGAUGACAGGAUAUGAGGACGGGAUAUAAGGACAGGAUAUGAGGUCGGGAUAUGAGGUCUGGAUAUGAGGAUGGGAUAUGAGGACAAAUACUUCCUCCUAUGUUGCUUUUCCUCCACCACAAGGAUUAGGUAGGAAAAACCGGGCAACGCUGGGUACUCAGCUAAUUAUAUAUAAAUAAUAGUACUAUAUAGAAUUGGUAGCACUAUGUGACAAAUGUAAUGGAUGCAGUCUAUGAAAUAUAUGUAUAAAAUGUAAGUUAUUUUUACACUUAUAUAAGUAAACCUCCCUAUUUUGAUCCCCAAAUUCUGGCACAUGUAUGCCCCGCCCCUGCUUAGGCAAGGAACACUUUCUUUUAUGCUAAUCAUCUAAAGAUUCGUAGAUCGUGUGAAGGGUCCACAGGGGGUUCCUAAUAAACAGGACUGCCUAAGGAGUGUGUUGGUGCGGAUACUGUCCAGCAGGGUGAGGCGGCAGUAUGUGGUAGACUGCUGACCUCUUGUGAGUGACCCCCGUGUGCCCCGCUGAGGUAAUAAGUGACACAGCAGAGGGUGAGGUGUGUGCGGAGCGGAGUGUGUGUGCAGUGUCUAGCACUAGUGGGAGCUGCAGAGGGCAGUAUGUGGUAGACUGCUGACCUCUUGUUAGUGACCCCCGUGUGCCCCGCUGAGGUAAUAAGUGACAGCAGAGGGUGAGGUGUGUGCAGAGCGGAGUGUGUAUGCAGUGUCUAGCACUAGUGGGAGCUGCAGAGGGCAGUAUGUGGUAGACUGCUGACCUCUUGUGAGUGACCCCCGUGUGCCCCGCUGAGGUAAAACGUGACACAGCAGAGGGUGAGGUGUGUGCGGAGCGGAGUGUGUGUGCAGUGUCUAGCACUAGUGGGAGCUGCAGAGGGCAGUAUGUGGUAGACUGCUGACCUCUUGUGAGUGACCCCCGUGUGCCCCGCUGAGGUAAUAAGUGACACAGCAGAGGGUGAGGUGUGUGCAGAGCGGAGUGUGUGUGCAGUGUCUAGCACUAGUGGGAGCUGCAGAGGGCAGUAUGUGGUAGACUGCUGACCUCUUGUGAGUGACCCCCGUGUGCCCCGCUGAGGUAAUAAGUGACACAGCAGAGGGUGAGGUGUGUGCGGAGCGGAGUGUGUGUGCAGUGUCUAGCACUAGUGGGAGCUGCAGAGGGCAGUAUGUGGUAGACUGCUGACCUCUUGUGAGUGACCCCCGUGUGCCCCGCUGAGGUAAUAAGUGACACAGCAGAGGGUGAGGUGUGUGCGGAGCGGAGUGUGUGUGCAGUGUCUAGCACUAGUGGGAGCUGCAGAGGGACAGCAGGCGAGCAGUGCGGAUCUCAGCCAGCGCCGGCAUUACUACCUGGAGGAGUCCUGCUGUCAUCUCACCCGCCGGGAAGGACGGAGGACUGGCGGACCUAGUGAGACAUAAUUCAUCUACACAUUGUGAAAAAGGCUUGGCGGUAUUUCCGUCAGAGUGAGUGAACUUGGCAUCAUCAGAGUCAGAAGUGACACAAGUGGAUCAAAAAGUCCACUUAAACACAUAAACUCUCAGUGGGAUCAGAAAUGUAGCUGUCUACGGAAUGAAUCUAUCAUCAGGUUUCCUUCUUCAAUUCACAACAUUCUGAAAGCAAUGAAAAGUGGACAGUGAGGUGGAGGCUUUGACAAAUAGACUGGGACAGAGUCAACAAAGGACCGGUGUGAGGAUCUGACAGGGCUGGAGAUUUGGGACUAACGCAGCACAAGGACAACAAUCCAUAGCGGAUCCAGCAUCUUCCCUGCCACAGUCUUCUGCCAUAGGAAUGGGCUGGUUCGAGGACCCAAGCUGGCAGCUGCAUGUAUCUUUGAUCAUGCUCCUGUCUCUACAUACUAGAGCAAAUCUUCUUGAUAAUAUGCUUCUCCGCAACUCCGCAAAGCUCAAUGUGGACAGCAGGAAGGAGGACACGGAGAGCACAGCACCUGCCCCACCACAGAAGAUGCUGUCAUGUUACUGUCAUCACCAUUGCCCAGAGGACUCAUUCAACAAUACAUGCUGGACGGAUGGUUACUGUUUCACCAUUAUAGAAGAAGAUGAAUCUGGGCUUCCGGUGAUCACCUCUGGCUGUUUAGGAUUAGAAGGUUCAGACUUUCAAUGCAGAGAUACACCUAUUCCACAUCAAAGGAGGUCCAUUGAAUGUUGUACAGAUGAAGACUUUUGUAACAGAGAUCUUCAUCCCACUUUGCCACCAAUUAAAAAUAAAGACUUUGUUGAUGGCAGUAUCCAUUACAUGGCUCUUCUGAUCUCAGUCACUGUAUGCAGCAUCAUCCUGGCAGUGAUUUUAAUAUUCUGUUACUUCAGGUAUAAAAGGCAAGAGGCCAGACCUCGGUAUAGUAUUGGCUUGGAACAAGAUGAGACCUACAUCCCUCCUGGAGAAUCCCUGAAAGAUCUCAUUGAACAGUCUCAGAGCUCUGGAAGUGGAUCAGGGCUCCCUCUGCUGGUACAAAGGACUAUAGCAAAGCAGAUUCAAAUGGUGAAACAGAUUGGCAAAGGAAGAUAUGGAGAAGUGUGGAUGGGCAAAUGGCGCGGGGAGAAAGUGGCAGUCAAAGUGUUCUUUACCACCGAGGAGGCCAGCUGGUUCAGGGAGACAGAAAUCUAUCAGACUGUGCUCAUGAGGCAUGAAAAUAUUUUAGGAUUCAUCGCUGCCGAUAUUAAAGGGACAGGAUCCUGGACACAACUGUACCUGAUCACAGAUUACCAUGAGAACGGCUCCCUCUACGACUACCUGAAGUCAACCACACUUGAUACAAAAGCUAUGUUGAAACUGGCGUACUCAUCAGUCAGCGGCCUUUGCCACCUGCAUACUGAGAUAUUCGGGACAAAGGGGAAGCCAGCAAUAGCCCACCGGGACCUUAAAAGCAAGAACAUAUUGGUGAAGAAAAAUGGAACGUGCUGUAUAGCAGACCUGGGAUUGGCAGUAAAAUUCAUUAGUGAUACCAAUGAAGUUGACAUACCCCCAAAUACUAGAGUUGGCACCAAGCGCUAUAUGCCCCCUGAGGUUCUUGAUGAGAGCUUAAACAGGAACCACUUCCAGUCAUAUAUAAUGGCAGACAUGUACAGCUUUGGACUCAUCCUCUGGGAAGUUGCAAGAAGAUGCAUAUCUGGAGGCAUAUUAGAGGAAUACCAGCUGCCCUAUCAUGAUGUUGUACCAACCGACCCGUCUUAUGAAGACAUGAGGGAAAUUGUCUGUAUCCGGAGGUUGCGACCCUCAUUUCCGAACAGAUGGAGCAGUGAUGAGUGUCUGAGACAGAUGGGAAAACUGAUGACAGAGUGUUGGGCCCACAACCCAGCUUCCCGCCUCACAGCUCUACGAGUAAAGAAGACCCUAGCCAAAAUGUCAGAGUCUCAAGACAUCAAGCUUUGACUUGGUACAUGACUACUUUGGAGAAUACUCAAGAAAGUGGACUUUAUUUUCUGUGACUGAAAACCCUUAAAAGAAAAUGCAUUUAUGUACAUUGAACAUCUGUGUUUACCUCAAACACCACAUCGUGACCAGUGGGGACUCAACAGUGACAAUCUGGACAAUCUGUAGGUUUCCAUGACUAAGGAUGGUGUACACAGUGAACAUGGUGUCGAUGUUGAAAGAAUUAGCAUGUUGCUUUCCGUGAAAGCAAAUACAUUUUUAAUGUUUGAAACAAAAGACAGAUUUCUUUAAUCUUCUGGUAAUAAAAACUGAUGUAAACUGAA